AUGCCAAGGUCUUUCCUGGUGAAGAAGGUGAAGCUAGAUGAUUUCUCAUGCGCAGAGCUGGAGAGCGCCUAUGGCAGGUCAAGAUCUGACCUGAACCUGCGGAUCCACGACAAAGGCUACAUUAGGGACUACAUUACCCCAGCGGUGUAUGAUGCAGAGACCGAUGGCGCCGUUAAGGUUCCCUCUCCGGAGCCUCUGUAUGAUGGCGCUCACAGUGAUUACCAGGCGGACAGCCCGCGCUCGGACACCACGGGCGGCUCGAUCAACGGCGACGCAGCAGUGAGUGGCGGCUACACGGCGCACGCCUUCUUCAUCACGGAUGGUCGUUCACGGCGCAGGGCGGCCGGAGGAGCGCGCAGCCCACCUCGCCACACGUGCACUGAGUGCGGCAAGUCGUACGCCACGUCAUCGAACCUGAGUCGCCACAAGCAGACGCACCGCAGCCUGGACAGCAAGAUGGCAAAGAAGUGUCCGACCUGCGGCAAGGUGUAUGUGUCCAUGCCGGCCAUGGCCAUGCACGUCCUCACACACGACCUCCGGCACAAGUGCGAUGUUUGCGGCAAAGCGUUCAGCCGUCCCUGGCUGCUGCAGGGCCACAUGCGCUCUCACACGGGAGAGAAGCCUUUCGGCUGUGCGCACUGCGGGAAGGCGUUCGCCGACCGCUCCAACCUGCGCGCACACAUGCAGACGCACUCGGCCUUCAAACACUUCAAGUGCGCGCGUUGCAGCAAGACGUUUGCGCUCAAGUCCUACCUGAACAAACACUACGAGUCUGCGUGCUUCAAGGGCGGACUCUCGCCGCUCCAAGCGUGA